GGUCCAAGGUUCUCAUGCAAAAACACCAGUAGGAGUUCAAUCAUUGUACAACGUGACACUGCAGCAUUCGCAAAAGUAGUUGACUUUCUUAAGCAACCGUGAUACAGACCUAUUACAGCACACAUUUCAGUGUGGCAGUACUGGGAAACGGACAAACUCUUAAGAGCAACGGAUAGCAAAAGAGAAGAUGGCACAAGGGAAUGGACCCAACCAAUACCACAUCGCCUUGGCCACCAUGUACAGCGUCAUACUUGCGGGAGGCGUCGUUAGCAUGGCCCUCAUGAUCGGCGUCCUCAAGUCCAACGUCCGGUCGGUGACGACCGUGGCGGUGCUGAACCUGAUCGCGGUCCACCUCCUCUUCCUGCUCACCGUGCCGUUCCGGAUCUACUUCUACGCCACCAACUCGUGGCCGCUGACCAGGGACUUCUGCAAGGUGGUGAGCGGCAUGAUCCACGCGCACAUGUACAUCACGUUCAUCUUCUACGUCAUCAUCCUGGUGAUCCGCCACUUGGGCUUCUUCCGCGGCGGGAGCGGCGUGGACUUCCACCGGAAGCUGCACGCCGCGCUGGCGAGCGCGGCGGUGUGGACCGUGGCGCUCGCCGUCGUCCUCCCCGUCUUCGCCGUCAAUUACGGCAAGGAGGAUGGCAAUGAGACGAAACCGCAUGGCAGCAACGAGACCUGCUUCAACUUCGGCGGGGAGCUCCAGAAAAAGGCCGUUGCGACGCUGAACUACGUGAUCAUCGCCGUCGUCCUCCUGGUCACGUUCCCGCUCGUCGGCUGCCAGGUCUGGAUCUUCGUGCUGGUCCUGCGGAAGUACAAAACCAACUUCUCUCAGCACCAGGAGUUCUGGGCUCAGGUCAAAAGCCUGUGCUUCGUGCUGGUCAUGUUCGUGUGCUUCGUUCCCUAUCACUUAUUCCGGAUACGCUACGUGCACAAACAAACCGAUCUUCAGGACGCAAACGAGGUUUUCCUGGCCGUGACCGCUUUCAGCUGCUUGGACAUGCUGACUUUCAUAGGCCGAAACCCCUGCGGCGCGUGCUACGUGGGGAGCUGCUGCAGGUAGUCGCAGAAUCACUGUGUGAGGACCUGAAGGCCUUGCGGAUGUUUGGAUCGUCGACAAACGUCUCGGGGAGAAGGACUGCAUGAAGGCUCCUUUACUUCAGUGGCUGAAGUUGGGUUGGAAAGCCAUACCGGGUUCUUCUGCACAUUGCUUACAUGAGCACCAGCACUUUUUUUGAGCACUUUUUAACGCGCCCUAUGUCGUCAUCCCAGUUCUCACGCUUAUCUCUCAUCGCCGCUGCUUUCCGUCGUAAGUGCGUGUAGGUGUUUGCGAAGACGGGGACUCGUUCAAAGAAUUUCCCCUCACCCACCUCGUUACAGCCGCAAGCUCCCCCCCCGCCGCCCCCAUGCAAUUGCAACCACAGAACCGCAUCACAUGCUGUUUUUCUAUAUUCUACUAUCCCCCCCCCCCACCCCCCCUGUAUGUCGUCAUCCGAGUACUCACACUUGUUUCUUAUCGCCGCUGCUUUCACUCGUAAGUGCGUGUAGGCGUCUGCGAAGACGAGGACUCGUUCCGCUUCCCUUGCUCCCACCGUAAACUCGCGAAAAAGGGGGGGGGGGGAUUUUAGGUGGUCCCAUAAAAUUGACGCGAGAGGAAGCAGUUCUCAGAUCCGGAUUAACCAUCAACUCGCAAAAAUGUAACCUGCAUUUCGCUUCUAUGACCUUAGUUUCUCUCAGGCGAGUUCCCAAACGCGAGUUACGAAGGCACAGUUUCCUCAGAAGACACGAUCAAGCAGCACAUUGUAUUUUAUUUUUUUUUAGACUGGCUUCCGAAGCAAUGCAAUUUACCCAGAUUAACCUACAGGGUCCAAGUUAAACUACGCGGUCGUUCCCUGCUCUUGGAACUGUACUUCCCUCUAGGGUUUUCAAUGCACUUCUUCCUGGUUUUGGUUAUACACUUUGUUGUACACUCUCUUAUCCAGAGCGUCUGCCAAAUGCCUGUAUUGUAAUGUAAAAAAUGUAAUGCAAUAUUGCACCUGUAAUGUAUUGAUGCACGUAUUGGCUACUGUUUAUACGCUAACCUUUUUUGCUGAAAUCUACUGUAGAAUAUGUAUGAUAUAUGUCUUUAAGAAUGAAAUACCCCAGGGCAUGAAGAAAUUACCCCUCGAGACACUGUAUGGCCAGUCUUGUGAUUGCCCUGGACUGUGGCCAAUCUGGCCUUAAAAAUUAGCUGUCCGCACGGUCAGGUGGACAAUGCCCAUUUGAACUGACCGACUUGAAAAGCAGGAAACAAAAGGUCCUCCAAGUUUGGGGCAUUACGUUCUGCGUGGGUAAUCCAAUUUUAGGAAUGACCUUCGUCUGGGACACACCUCUCCCCCUCCUGCUUCGACAGCUCCACGCAAACCUGCUCGCCAGCUAGGCAGAGUAAAUCGUAUCGCGUGUAUUGAAAAAAAAAAAACUGUGAUUUUUAUCCAGUAUUGCUGCAGAUAGUGAUCGUUGCAGCAGCGCGGAGAAUAGGAGCUUUUUAAAUCAUUUACUUUGGAAUUACUCCUGCCGGAAACCGAGAGAGUACGCACAGAGAAUGUGUUCGGGUGGAAGUCCUUGGACAGGAAGAUUGUGUGUAUUUUAGCAUUACUAGAAAAUAAUGUUAGGCCUAUGAACAAGAGCAUUUGCAAAUCUACAACAUGUA